CAACCUGUGGAACUUGGGGGGGUCCUGAAGUCGGCUCCUUCCCAUUGACUGUGGACAGUGCGAGGGUCAGGGUCUUUGGCGGCUCAUGAGGGUGUUGGGGUCCGCAGGGUGAGGGAGGGGGCUGUCAAUGUGAGUGGGGUGCGGGACUUCCAAACUUAGAAUCUUGAGGCCCUCUGGGCUCAGACGCCGGGGAGAGAGCUCCCGCCGCCAUGCGGGACAGGACCCGCGAGCUGAGGCAGGGGGAUAACAGUUCGGACGAUGAGGACAAGGAGCGAGUUGCGCUGGUGGUGCACCCGGGCACAGGUCGGUUGGGGAGCCCAGACGAUGAGUUCUUCCAGAAGGUCCAGACAAUUCGGCAGACUAUGGUCAAGCUGGAGAAUAAAAUCCGGGAGUUGGAGAAGCAGCAGGUCACCAUCCUGGCCACGCCCCUUCCCGAGGAGAGCAUGAAGCAGGACCUGCAGAACCUGCGUGAUGAGAUCAAACAGCUGGGAAGGGAGAUCCGCACUCAGCUGAAGGCCAUAGAGCCUCAGAAGGAGGAAGCUGAUGAGAAUUCUAACUCCGUCAACACAAGAAUGAGAAAAACCCAGCAUGGGGUGCUGUCCCAGCAAUUUGUGGAGCUCAUCAACAAGUGCAACUUGAUGCAGUCUGAAUACCGGGAAAAGAACGUGGAGCGCAUUCGGAGGCAGCUGAAAAUCACCAAUGCUGGAAUGGUUUCUGAUGAGGAGCUGGAGCAGAUGCUGGACAGUGGGCAGAGUGAGGUGUUUGUAUCCAAUAUACUGAAGGACACACAGGUGACUCGACAGGCCCUAAAUGAGAUUUCAGCUCGGCAUAGUGAGAUCCAGCAGCUUGAACGCAGUAUCCGUGAGCUUCAUGAGAUCUUCACUUUUUUAGCAACUGAAGUGGAGAUGCAGGGGGAGAUGAUCAACCGGAUAGAAAAGAACAUCCUGAGCUCAGCAGACUAUGUGGAACGUGGGCAGGAACAUGUCAAGAAAGCUCUGGAGAACCAGAAGAAGGCGAGGAAGAAAAAAGUCAUGAUUGCCAUCUGUGUGUCCAUCACUGUUCUCAUCCUAGCUGUCAUCAUUGGCAUCACCACAGCAGUUGGAUAAUGUUGCUCAUUCUCGAUAUGGGGAGUGCCAGGGACUGGGGCCUGGCCUUCUCUCCCAGCAGCUGUGGGGGCAGGGCAGAGUCUCCAGCUGGACCCCUGUCCGGACACUGGCCCCUGCGCAAAGGGGCAGAUGGUUUUUUCAGGAUUGACAGCUGCUUAUUCAGUGGGGCCUCCCCCUUCAGGCCAUGAUGCCUGGGGAAGGGCCUGUAGUGUCCUGUUUGACUGGGACACAUGGUUUUGUAAAAAAAUUAAAAAAUCUUGGAGA